AUGCCAAACAAAAUUUGUGUGAGAAAUGGAAAUGAGAUUUUCAUUGCUAAACAAAACACUAUUCGGGUGUCAUUGAAUGGCGCCGCAACCUCUUUUCUUUUGAUUCUUUCGUUGAUUGAUUCAGAUAUCAAGGACUUGGUCUUGAACAACUCCGGAACAUUUUUGGCAGUAAUUUGUGAAUUCAAAGUGUAUGCAGUAGUAUUACCUCCUCCUAAUGCAUUUAACGAAAUCAACAGUAAUACCCCGCUGCUAGCUGUGGAACAUUAUCAAGUUGGCGAGUUCAUGUACAACAAGAAAGAUGCCAGAAUACUAAAGGCUAUUUGGAGUCCAGUUGCCAAAUAUGAUUCUAAUUUGGUGGUUUUGUCCUCCGAUUCAAUAAUUAGAUCCUUCGAACUAGGGUUGUCUUUCCAAGAGUCAAUUGGUUCGUUCAAUUUGAGGUCAUCGGACCCUAGUGAAGAAAAAGCAGAAAGUAGAGAAACAUCGUUCUCGCUCGCCACUGUCAAUAGCAUCCAGAAACCAAUCAGUAUUACUUUUGGCUCCAAUAAUUUGAGCGAUCCAGUUGGCUGUUUGACUUUGUACGUCUUCACUGGUGAAGGCGACUUGUAUUCUUUAUUCCCCUUCCACCCAACAAAAUUAUCGGUCGACGAUUCUUUUGUCGAGCUUUUGUUCAACUAUUCCCUUGUAUUAUACAAUAAACUCAAUGACUGUAUUUAUGAGCUAAUGGAGAAGGCCGAAAAUGAAGAAGUUGAUGAUGAAGUAGAAGAACAACUCCAUAAGCUCACGCUUCAAAAAAAAAAUAUAACUUUACAAUUACACUGGGUAUCUAGUCUUAAACAGCUGGUGAAAUCAUCACAGAAGGAAUAUAGAUAUGAUGGGAAGAUUUUGAAAGAGUAUACUAUUUUGUCUCCGGUUACCAGAAUCUCACAAUUGAAGUUACAAGGUCCAAUUCUAAUUGACAAUAUUCCAAAUGCUUUGACUAGUGAAUACUCAAUUAACGGAACUGAUAUCAUCAGUGUAAAUAAUGGAGAUAUAAAUGUUUUGCAAUUGGCUUUCGAUAAUGGUGACCUCUUGAUGUUGAUCCAACAAUAUGAUUUAUUUAUGAGAUGGAGACUCAUCGACAUUGAAAAUGGUAAUUCGGAGGACGAAGAACUUGAUUAUUAUUUAACACCAUCUUGUGGUGUAUUGCAAUAUCUCAGACUUUCUUCACGAAGCAAGGGGAAGUUGGCGAUUAAUUUAGUUCCUACCGACAUUCCUUGCCUAUUUUUUGUUUUGCUUGAUUCGCCAGAUCGCCAGUUCAUAUUGAAGGUUGAUUUCUUUAAAUGGGGGAGACAAUUGAAUAAUUUUUUUGUUGAUAAGGUCGGCGUGGAUCAACCGCAACUUCUCAACGAGAUCAUCAACUAUCAAAAGGAUGACAAUUAUUUGCAAAUCGAGAAAGUUUAUGAAUCACAAGGCCGGACUAAUGAUCAAGUGGGUAUAGAUAUGGUUAUUAAUGAUGAAAAUGACACUUUUAUUCUUUAUAUGGUUAAUGAUCGAACUUUCACAGUUGACUUUGAAAAGCACGAAGAUGAUUUACAGAUGUCGAGUUCAAGUAUUUCCACUGAAUCAUCUGAUGAAGGAAGACAAUUUGCGUUGUCAAUGAGAGUGAGUAAUAGUCAUACAGAAUUCAAGCUUUUUGAGAAACAAUUUCGAGAUAAUAAUUUUAUUAUCCAAAAAUUCAUCAAGGAUCUUGAAAAUGAUCCUAUAGUUCGCAAAUUUGCCUUUGUGAAUCUUAAAGAAAUUGAUGCAACAUUUCACCAAGAUCUCAAAGUUGGUCAAAUUGAAGAAUUCAAUUCAAAUUUAUUGUUGAUUGUGGAUAAACUUGCAAAGAAAUUUGUCGAAAACUUGGCGUUUUUAAUCAGAUAUCAAAUCAACUUGGGCUUUAAUUUGACAUCAUUCAAGGAGGAAUUAGAAUAUCAGUUGGUAAAACUCAACGAAGUGAUUGAAUUGGUAAAGAAAUUAAACCAAAGCUUUGAUGACGAGAAUGCCGAAGCAACUGGUUCUGUUACGCCAUUUAGUAGAUUACAAAAAGUGUUCGAAAGACAAGAGAAGUUGAAUGCAAAGCUUGACUCUCUUUUAGUGAAGGUUCAUAAGAUCAACAGUACCACCAAAUCAGCAGACGGCGAGUUGUUCCAAAACAAUUUACCGAUAUCUAAAGUUGAGAAAGAUUUCUUCUUUGAAAUGAAGAAACUUUCAUCAAGACUUAAUAGCAUGAAGAUCAAUUAUUCAAAUGCGUCGAAACAGGUUAGUUUUUUCAAAAACCUUUCUUCCGAAUCCAAAUCCAUGGGGUUAAUUAAUGCUGCGAGUGACAUUUUUGAUGAGGAUGAACUUACUUACUUCAAUAAGAAGCUUCAAAAAGAUGAUGAGGCAUUAGAUGUGACUAAGAACCUUGUGAAAAAGGCCAUCGAGGAUUUAUCAGAAUUUGAUAGUUAA